UUAGCAACUUCUCCUCACGGGCAUCUCUCUCUCUCUCUCUCUCUCUCUCUAUCUCUCCUUUCUCUCUCUCUCUCCCGGCUCUUUCGCUCCCGUCUCUCGUGUCUCCUCACCUCGCGGUCAGUCAGUCAGUCAGUCAGUCAGCAUGCAGGUGUCUCCGGCUCUCCUCGUCUCCAGCUCCGCGCUGCUGCUGCUGCUGCUGCUGCAGGGAUGCUGCGCCGCCGCCAAGGGAUGGAGGGUACUCAAGAACGACGGCACGGAGAUUUUACCGGAGUUCACGGAGAAUACGGGGACACCGAUACUACAGGCGAACAACAACAAUAACAACAACAACAACAGCAACAACAACGGCAACAGUAUGAACAACAGGGCGAAGAACGGCGGCAGGACGGGGAACUCUGUCUCAUACAGUGCCUCGGAGCUGAGCUGCAGGGAGCUGCGUUCCACCCGCUACAUCACCGACGGAUCCUGCCGCAGCGCCAAGCCCGUCAAGGAGCUGGUGUGCUCGGGCCAGUGCAUGCCCUCGCACCUCAUGCCCAACUCCAUCGCCCGCGGCAAGUGGUGGAGGAACAACGCGUCGGAAUACCGCUGCAUCCCGGCUCACUCCCGGACGCGACGGGUCCAGCUGCACUGUCCCAACGGGAACACUCGGACUUACAAAAUCCGCGUGGUCACCUCCUGCAAGUGCAAACGCUUCAGGCCUCACCAUAACCAAUCGGAGGCCAAGGAGGUCCCGAAGAGGCCGCGCAACAGAAAGCUGAGUCGGAGCAAGAACAACUCUCCUUUGAUUGGGAACUCGUACUAAUGCUCCUCUCUUGCAUCCAAGGACAAGGACUGACACCAAAGCACACUCACACACACGCACACGACACACCGACCAACACGUCUCCUUCGAAUAGGGAGGAGGUGUAAGAGAAAUUUCAAAGAGAGCAGAUUCAUAAGCUAACUGCUGGGCUGGUGUAAGUCAUCAGUCUUUAUUUUUCAGCCAUUUGUCGGCACAUUGGUGAACUUUGCUUAUUUGCAUGACAAAAAGAGUGGAUGCCAGGGCUCGCCGAAGCUUGGACCGGCCGAGAGUUGUAGCAACAAGUCGGAUAAUAUGAACAUCUGAUCCCCCCCAACCCCCCCCCCCCCCUCCCCCUCCCUGGGUUUUAUCCUCUACUCUAACAUAUUUAAAACAAGCAUAAUGAGAAGUCAUCUUUGAAAUAUCAAACCCAUCUGUGUAAACAUCCAGCGGAUGCAGAACUACACAGCAUUGUUGAGAGCUGAAAAGGUUUUUAUCUGCGCUCCAAAGUGGUUGUAAUCCGUCUCCUUCUGGCCGCGUGGAGGAGGGGGAUGCUGGCACCUCUGGGGACUCUUAUUGGGGGGGGAGGAUGUUGACAGGUUUGAGAGGUCCUGGCUUGUGUGGCGGUCCAAGGCAGUGCUCGUGACAGCCCACUAAAGUUUUCACUCAUCAAGAGGAACCCUACAGCAACCUCCAUGAUGCACAAUUUAAGACCGUCACAGUAGCGACUUCCUUUCCAAUGAGUAGAUACAGAGAGUCGGGAGGUAAGAGGGGAGGAGGCAAUUUAGUCAGCGCUAACGCCAUCUGGUCGCUGGGCAGCAGAGGUGGCAGCAGGACACAGAUUCUUUGUGCAAGUAGAAAACAGAUAUGGGUAUUAAAUGGACUCCAGCAAGAGUGGGAGUACUGGUUAGACUAUUUUGAUAAGCAAAAAAGUUCAGACUGUGAGUAAUAAAAGCUUCUCUAAAGAACAUUUCUUGGCAACGAUAAUUGAACCUCGCCUCAUAUUUGAGAGACAAUUAAACUUAAAUCAUUCUGACUCCAGGAAAAGUAACUAUAAACUGAGAAUAAUGAAUAAUAAUAAAGCAGCAAUAUGUAACUUUUCCACCUUAAAACAGUCGAUCUAAUAGUACAAUUACUUUCAACAGGGAGAAUGGCGUCGGUCCAAUUUCCACAGAGCGCCAUAGUCACCUGUUUUCAGCACUAUGUAACUUUGGCAGCCGGCCGCAGUUCUCAUACGGCUUUAGGGCACUAGUUCAAGUACCAGCCAUCAGCUUCAAAGCAGUCAGUUAGCCCAUCUCGGUACUGUUUGAUACAAUGGCGGAGGCUAAGAGAUUUAAGACAGUGACAGUAGGAAGCUAAGAGAGGAAAAAGAGACGGAGGAAGAAGUUUGAUGCCGAGCUGGUUGGGUCAAUACACGACGGGGCCAGAAACCAAAUUCCUCCAUGUUGUUUUAGCUCCACCCCAAUGGACAAAUCAGUUGGAUGGCUAACAUCUUGAAGCUCUAAAUCUUCUCUGAUGUUCCCUGUGGUGAAGUUUGCCACUCCCCUAUGUUUCAUCUCACGCCUUAUAUGCCCAUGCUCAAUGUACAUCAUGGAUGGAUGCCCCAAGGAAUCAUCUUAUGGGUUAUUUCCCCCAUGCAUUUGAGCGUUUGGUUGGCCUCCGUUGUUCCAAAAUGAGUCUACUUGCCAUUAAAUACAGUAAAGCUGAAAAUGUAAGUAGUUGAAAGUAAGGUUAUGUCUGUUCAAGUAUAAAGUAUAUUCAGUAUAAAGUGUUUGUACUUGGUGACUUCUCACCUCUGCUUGGCAGUCCAGGGACUUCUGUUAAUUACUAAAUGAAACCAAAUCGUGUGUUAGUUGACUCAUAAAAAAACAUUUUGCUCGACAAAGUUAGCUCUUGUUUUCUGAAAUCGCACUCCAGAAAGUGCACAUGUGUGUAGGAGGUAUCAAAAAAAAAUAGUGCGUGGUUGUCUUGUUACCUAAGGGCAGAGCAUUCUCCAGGACGCCUACACCGGAAUUUCUUCUGCGAGCAGCCAAAUAGAGCAGCGAUCGACGGUCCACGGCCAAGAAAAAAUAAAAAAAAUCCAUCCUGCAGGAUUCAAUCCACCUCCACUCUCUGCUCCCAUUCUGUAAAUAACUCACAACAGGACAAAUAGGACCAGAAAUAACCGAAAUGAAAACAAUAAUUGAGUUUUCAUCAUUGUGUUGACUGAUACAAAUCCAACAGGAAGAGGACGUGGCGAUACGCAGACGACACAACCUCCUUCCUCAGAAAGGACUCAGUUGAGACUGUGUUUCAUGAAGAAUAUUCACAAUGUUUUUUCCACAAAUUGUCAGCGCUCCUGUGUCUUUCCGCUCAUAUUGCUUCCUGAUUGUGGUUCUCUCAACUGUUCCGACAAUGUUUGCUUCUUUUUUAUCCGAUUGUAUUGUCUGAAAAAGAAACUGGAAGGGUUUUUUUUUUUUUUUUUUUGUGUAAGCGGAGAGCUGUGAUGCAUCUUGUGAUUGUACAUAUCAUACCUGCGAGGUCUUCUGCAGCCGUGCCCUCACAUGACACGGCAUUGCAGAGAAGCAGGCAGCGAGGGGGGACGGAGGGGCUUGUUUCCUACAGACACAAAGAAGGACUGUUAUAAAGAAUGAACUGCAUAUUUAUUUUUUAUUUCCACAUUUAAAUUAUUUAUGCAACCUUUUGUAGUAAAUGAUAGCCAUUAUUGUCAUAUAGUGUGAUAGAGAAAUGAAAUAAUGUACAGUACAUGAAUAAAGUAAAGGAAGAUAUAUUUGAAAGA